CAUAGCCUCGAAGAAAUGCACUUUCUUUCAUGGCUGUGCAAGCCAAUCCUAGAGCGGCAAACUCUACCGCACACUCUGCAGCAGAAGUCUCCGACUGGUGGAUUGUUGUCGGUUUGUGUGAGCAGUCGGACGAAAUCCGUCGUGUCGGAAUCAAGGGAGAGUGAUUCUUCCACCAGUCCUUUGGCAAUAGACAGAUGGACAAACAACAUCACAUAUCGCCAGCUGGUCGUGUCUUCGUGUAUCGGCAUCGUUCAGCUGUGGUGGCAUCCUUAUGUUCAUGAUAUGCACAAAUUACUGCCUUUCCUGUUUCUAUACAAUGUGUUCAGUGUGCUAAUUGGAUACCCGCUGUUUUACUUGGAACUCGCCUUGGGUGUGGUCACGAAGAAAGGCGUCUUGAACUGCUGGGAUCUGUCGCCUAUGGCCAGAGGGCUAGGCUUCUCAAUGCUAGUGACAUGCAUGUACACGGCUCUUGCGGUAGGCACGGUAGCCACAUGGUGCUUGGCACUGCUGGUGCACUCUUUCCAUGCUUUCUUGCCGUGGCUGCACUGCGCCGCCAGUGCGCAGCCCGCCUGCGCCGCCAGGCAUCGACCCAUGCCGCCAGCUAGCGAGACGCCUGCGCAGUCAUUCUUCUUUAACUUCGUGCUACGUCUUAAGCGGGAUGGGCUGGACACGGGCACUGGUACUUUUGUACCUGAGCUGUGCGUCUACUACAUCAUCUGCUGGUUGUUGAUCUACGGCAUCGCUAUCAAGAGGAUUUAUAGCUACUCUAAGAUGGUGUUGUUCAAAGACGUGAUGGCAUACUUCAUCCUGAUAUGCUGCGCAUUGGGGGCGCUGCGUCUGGACGGAGCCUCGAGAAUGUUUCAAGACGCCGACUGGAGUUGCUUGUUAAACGAUUUUCAGAUAUGGCGAGAAGCGAUAGAACACGCGUUGCUAGAGAUGUCAAUAGCUCAAGGUACUCUAGUGAUGCUGGGCGCAUACUGUCCAAAGCAACAGCACAUGCUGGCCCGCACCGCCCUCGUAUCGUUUGCGGCUUCCAAAACUUCGAGCAUGUCAGCAGCCCUGACUCUUGGUGCCGCUCAUGGGGCGCUCAUAAAGGAUUAUGAGAAUGCGACGAAUAUUCAGAAUGGGUCGGCAGCCUCCAUAAUCCUGUGGGCAGACUACGUGGCGAGGAUCCCCGGCAGCCAGUUCUGGUCGGCGCUGAUCUUCUUCACGCUCUUCGUGUUGUCACUGUCCUCGGCGGCACUUUUGGUGCAGACUAUAAUGUCGACGUUCAAGGGGCGUUCCAUUCGGAAGAUUGCGUGGGCAUUCCUCAUCCUCAUAUGUGCGCUGUUCUGUUUAAUUGGAGUCAUCACAGUGUGUACGCAGGGCGGCCUUCACAUCCUAAACUUCCUUAUGAAAUGGCCGGUGACUAAACCACGGGUGCUGAUCGCGGCUAUUGGAGCGUUUGUGGUCACGUUCGCAUACGGACAGACCACGUUCUGUGAGGACGUGUACUUCGCAGUUGGAGAGUAUCCUUGCGUGUUCCUGAGGAUAUGCUGGGCUAUCUCACCGGGGCUGUUGUUGUGCGUAUUUCUCCUGGGCAUGGGCUUGUGGCCGCCGGCGGACGCGGUGGCGGGUUGGGUGCUCGUGGUGAUUUCCACUAUGCCCAUCUUCGCUAUCAUGGUCCUCUACCUCAUCUUCAAGUUUAGAGUUCGGAAUAUCGUGGGCACGGAAAAGUGACAUCACUAUUUUAUAUGUUGUAUACAUAGGUAUUAUUAUUGUUUAAUAAAAUGAUUUCGUCUGGUCAA